GGGAGGGGUGAGGAGCGAGAGAGAAAAGGGCGCUGUGGCGGGGCGGCAGGAAGUGAGCGACGUCUCGGCUCCCGCUGCGAGUCGGCUGGCGGGUGGGCCGGCCAGGUGAGCCCGCGAUGCCGCUACUCUGGAAGCCGGGGCUGCCGCUGCUGCUGCUCCUGGGGCCGCUCGGUCCCUUCUCCCCAGGCGCCUGGGCGGGACCCGCGCAGGCCGAGGACGCCGUGGAGCUGCGCUUCUCCACCGAGCGGCCGGUGCACCUGGUGAGUCCCGCGUUCCUGUCCUUCACCAUCGACGCCAACCUGGCCACCGACCCGCGGUUCCUCACCUUCCUGGGUUCUCCAAAGCUUCGCACUUUGGCUAGAGGUUUGUCUCCGGCAUACCUGCGAUUUGGUGGCACCAAGACGGACUUUCUCAUUUUCGAUCCCCAAAAAGAACCGACCUUUGAAGAGAGGAGUUACUGGCAGUCUCAAGUCAACCAGGAUAUUUGCAAAUCUGGAUCCAUCCCUUCCGAUGUAGAGAAGAGGUUACAGUUGGAAUGGCCCUUCCAGGAAAAAUUGCUGCUCAGAGAACAGUAUCAGAAAAAGUUCAAGAACAGCACUUACUCAAAAAGCUCCGUGGAUAUGCUGUAUACUUUUGCAAAUUGCUCAGGACUAGACUUGAUCUUUGGGCUAAAUGCCUUGCUACGAACAGCAGAUUUGCAGUGGAACAGUUCUAAUGCUCAGUUGCUCCUGGACUAUUGCUCUUCCAAGAAUUAUAACAUUUCUUGGGAACUAGGCAAUGAACCUAACAGUUUCCGCAAGAAGGCUGGUAUUUUCAUCGAUGGAUUGCAGUUAGGAGAAGAUUUUGUCAAGUUGCAUAAACUUCUAGGAAAAACCACUUUCAAAACUGAAAAUCUCUAUGGUCCUGAUGUUGGCCAGCCUCGAGGAAAGACUCUCAAGAUACUGAGAAGUUUCCUGAAGGCUGGGGGUGAAGUGAUUGAUUCGGUUACAUGGCACCACUACUACUUGAAUGGACGAAUUGCUACCAAAGAAGAUUUCCUAAACCCUGAUGUGUUGGACACUUUUACUUCAUCUGUGCAAAAAAUUUUUCAGGUUGUCGAGGAGACCAGACCCCACAAGAAGGUUUGGUUAGGAGAAACGAGCUCUGCGUUUGGGGGUGGAGCACCCUUGCUGUCCAACACCUUUGCGGCUGGCUUUAUGUGGCUGGAUAAACUGGGCCUGUCGGCCAGAAUGGGCAUAGAAGUGGUGAUGAGGCAAGUGCUCUUUGGAGCCGGAAACUACCACUUAGUGGAUGAAAACUUCAAACCUCUACCAGAUUAUUGGCUAUCUCUUCUGUUCAAGAAAUUGGUGGGCACCAAUGUGUUUAUGGCAAGUGUGAAAGGUCCAGACAGAGGUAAACUUCGAGUAUACCUUCAUUGUACCAACGUCAACCACCCAAGGUAUAAAGAAGGAGAUUUAACUUUGUACGCCUUAAACCUCCAUAACGUCACCAAACGCCUGCAGUUGCCCUAUCAUCUAUUUGACAAACAAGUGGACAAAUACCUCAUAAAACCUUUAGGGCCUGAUGGAUUACUUUCCAAAUCCGUCCAGCUCAAUGGUCGAACUCUGAAGAUGGUGGAUGAUCACACCCUCCCGGCUUUGACAGAAAAAGCUCUCCGCCCAGGAAGUUCACUGGGCUUGCCACCUUUCUCAUAUGGAUUUUUUGUGAUAAAAAAUGCCAAAGUUACUGCUUGCCUCUGAAAAUGAAAGGCAUACACUAGCCCUGAGAUUGAAUUUUUCAAGUAUAUUUAUUAAUAAGAGGAAAGCAAAACCCAAGCUAUAGGAAGGCAAGCAGAUACAUUACAAAUCAACUAGUGGGAGCUUCAGGGAUCCUGGGACACUCUCCGUGUGAGAUUCAGCACAGUCCUUUGUUCUAAGUAGACCACUGCUAAUAAUACCUUGUGCCAAACACUAUGCUUAGUGCUUUGCAUGUUCUGUUUUUAUUUAAGGUUAUUAAAAAGGUAUAUGGAUGCUCCCAAUACAGCCAGAAGGCAAGUAAGUGAAGGCCAUAUGAUUAAUUUUAAGUGCUUAGUUGUUUUUAUCUUAAAAAAACAGUUUUUAAAGGAUUGCAGGAUUCCUUAUUCUAUACGCUGUCUUUAUGGAAAGAGUUUACUGCCACAAUCUUCAAAUUGUCUAUAAAUGAGAGACAGUCUCUUUUCACCUAAACAGAGGGCUAAAUUCAACUGCUGCUUCUCUUCUCUCUGUGAGAGACAACAGACGGUUAGAAGUGAUAGUACAAAAAAAGAAUUAAUGACAAUUUAGAGGGACUGGAUUAUGUAAACGUCAAAUGAAAUUUUACAGUGACUGUAAAUGAAAUUGAUUUGCCAAGAGGAGAAAAUGUAAUUCAAUACAUUUUAACUACCUGUUAAUGUUUACUUUUAAUCUACCUUUAGUUCUUGUUUUCAUUGAGAAACUUUUGGCUGCAAGUAGCAGAAAACUGUGAUUCAAAUGGCUUAAACCAUCUGGACAUUUAUAAUCCUACAUAACAAGAAGUUCAAGUAGGGAGGGCUCAGGAUGUCACCAAGGAAUCAGGUCCUUUGCAUCUCCCUGCUCUGUCACAUUUAGUGUUGGCUUCAUUUUAAGCUGAUGGCAUGAUGUCUGGAGUUAUUCCAUGGAUCCAUUCAGACCCGGCAGCAGCUGCAGAAAGAUGAGCAACUUUUUCUGCCUCUCCUUCACAGACUUGAAGAACCCUUUCUCGGAGGUUCUCUCAGCAAACCUCUCCUCACGUCUCCUCAUGUCUUACUGGUCAGGAAUGGGUCACAUGGCCACUCUCCCCAGUCACUACCAACACCAACGAGAUCCAUAUAAUUGUCUCCUCCUAAUCUUUUGGAAUGGAGAGGGUGCUGGGAAGUCUAUGGCACUGACCACCUUAGUUUUGUGUUUUUAUCAGUGACAGAAGGUAUUAUUUUCUCCUGUAUCUUAAUUUUUAGAAAUAUAAUUCUCUUUAUAUUUAUGCCUGCUACGAAUAUUGUCUCAAUUAAAUUUAGGUACAUUUAUAAGGAGCUAAAGACAGAACCUAGAGUUGGAUGCUUCAAUACCCCUGAAUUUUAUAUAUAAGUAGUUUUUAUAUUUUCACAUUUAAAAUAAAGUAAUUUUUAUA